AGGAGGCAGUCGAGCUUUGCGCUGCGCUGCUAAGCGCUCAUUUAUUUAUUAAAGGGAAUUUAGGUUGGAGGAGGUCGUGGAGGGAGAUGGUCUGAUAUCUAGAUCUAAAAAGCCCUGAUUUGUGAUUAUGCCUGGAGGAAAUCGUCUUGAAGGGGGAUCUAAUCUGAAAAGCUCGGUGCUUUCCUUCUGUUUUAUUUGCUGGUGUAGAUUGUCCUGUCCAGUGCGCGGAUGCCAUUUGAGAAGAAGUUGAGACAUGCCUUAAGUCGGAAAGCUGCUCUUUUUAGUUUGCUGGAAAUAUGGACAUCCUGCAUGAAUGCUGAGAUAUUAUUUUAAACUCCGAGCUCUCACGGAAAACGGAAGAUCUGUCUGCACUGCAAGUGUCCGCUUGAGGAUCAUGCUGUGACGGCCAUGCCUCUGGAGAUGGAGAAGACCGUGUCCAAGCUGCUUUACGACUUCCAGAGGAACUCCACGUCCGACGACGACUCGGGCUGCGCUCUGGAGGAGUACGCCUGGGUGCCACCCGGCCUCAAACCCGAGCAGGUUCAUCAGUAUUACAGCUCUCUGCCUGAGGAGAAGGUGCCAUAUGUGAACAGCCCUGGAGAGAAACACCGCAUCAAGCAGCUCUUGUACCAGCUGCCACCUCACGACAAUGAGGUGCGUUAUUGUAGCUCUCUGGAUGAAGAGGAGAAGAGGGAGCUCAAACUUUUUAGUAACCAGAGGAAGCGGGAGAACCUGGGCCGCGGGAACGUCAGGCCUUUUCCCGUCACCAUGACCGGGGCCAUAUGUGAGCAGUGCGGUGGUCAGAUUAACGGAGGCGACAUCGCCAUGUUUGCGUCUCGGGCAGGUCACGGCGUCUGCUGGCAUCCUCACUGCUUCGUGUGCAGCACGUGUGACGAACUCCUGGUGGACCUCAUUUACUUCUACCAGGAGGGUAAAAUCUACUGCGGGCGACACCACGCCGAGAGACUGAAACCGCGGUGCUCAGCAUGCGACGAGAUCAUCUUUGCAGAUGAGUGCACAGAAGCAGAAGGCAGGCACUGGCACAUGAAGCACUUCUGCUGUUUCGAGUGCGAGACCGUCUUGGGUGGCCAGCGUUACAUCAUGAAAGAGGGUCGGCCGUACUGCUGCGGAUGUUUUGAGUCCCUCUAUGCCGAGUACUGCGACUCCUGCGGAGAACACAUCGGUAUUGACCAGGGUCAAAUGACGUACGACGGGCAGCACUGGCAUGCCACUGAAGACUGCUUCUGCUGUGCACGCUGCAAGAAGUCCCUCUUGGGUCGUCCAUUUCUGCCCAAACAGGGUCAGAUCUUUUGCUCGCGGGCUUGUAGCGUGAACGAGGAUGUCAACGGCUCGGACUCCUCAGACUCUGCCUUCCAAAGUGGCCGCACUCAUGAGGCCAGGCACAGCAGCUCUAAAUCUAGCAAGAGCAGUAGCAACAGUGGUGGAAAUGGUUCUAGCAUGCGCUACUCAGCUGAUGUGGAUCCUCUUUCCCUACAAAUGGACUUGCUGAGUCUGUCGAGUCAGGCCCCCAGUCUGACCCGAGAUCCUCCAUCCUGGAAAAAGCAACCCGAUAGAUAUGGUUAUGAAAGUCGCGCCGAAACUUCGCCAACUCCUCUGCAGCUGCUGAGUCAGUGCAACAUCAGAACAUCCUAUGCCCAGCAAGACAGCAAGCUCAGAGAGUCUGCACAGUCCAAGAGACCUCCUAUAUCUGCCCUCAAAGGACAUUCGUUCAAUGAGAACUGGCUCCAGCCAGAAAUGGAUGAACGUUACCCUUCGGAGCUGAAAGCGCAAGCUAGCUUUAAUGAGUUGCCAUCCAAUGGGUUCGUGGACAAGCGCUCUGUCAGCAUGCAUGCCUUUCAACGGGAGCGAGAGAGAGAAAGAGAGAGGGAGGUCGUGGCUCAGAUGGGCCGCAGCAGAAACCCCAUCAAUGCACUUAGCUUUAGUGAACAGCUGACACCAAUGGAGCAAACACCUCGCGGUUCCAUGGAGUCGCUAGCUCUGUCAAAUGCUACAGGAAUCUCGGCAGACGGUGGCGGUAAGAGGCAGGAGCACUUGUCCCGCUUCUCUAUGCCCGACUUGAGUAAAGACUCCGGCAUGAACGUCUCGGAGAAGAGCAACAUGGGCACCCUGAACUCUUCAGUGCAGUUCCACAGCUCAGAAUCUCUCCACAGUCUCACCAGCAGGCAGCCUUACCUAGAGAUGGCGCCACCGGUGCAAGUGAAAUAUCAGCUUCCCUAUUCGCAGCAGUCUCCUGGGAUCACCAUUCUACCACCUGGCUUCACCUAUCAGGAAGAGGACAGGGCAAGUUCAGUGAGCAGUGCUCACAAUGCCCGAUUGGCACCCAUGAGUGAACGGACCCAUCGGCGCGUUCGUGAACCGGAAGAGCCGCGACGAAGACAUCAUCACCGUGCACGGCGUUCCCGUCGUUCUCGUUCUGAAAACGCGCUCAAUUUGGCAGCCCAACAACCUCCGGCUAUCCCGGAGCGAUCACAACUACGCGUAUGUGAGGAUUAUGAUCGAUUUCCUCCUCCACGUGGUCAGCGGGAUCAAAUAAACGGUGGGAUUAGAGAUUCUAGAAUGAGGCAGCAGCCGUUCAGGCCGUGCCCUCGCACGACUUCUGACCUUACGCUUCAGAACCCAGCUCCGCAGCGUCACAUGGGUCGCUACGCCUGGGAUCAAUACGAUUACGAUGACGACUGGUGCUCUACCUGUUCUUCAUCUUCCGAAUCCGAGGACGAAGGCUAUUUCUUGGGAGAGCCAAUUCCCAAACCUGUUAACCUAAGGUAUAUGACCAGUGAGGAGUUACUGCACAAGUACAGUUCUACAGGACUCGUAGGAUCUGGUCACCUUGGAACUCGAGGACAGUUACACACUCGCAAGCGCAGGAAAAGCAAAAACUGUAUAAUUUCCUAACCUACACUCCUGCUGCACUCACCUAUAACAAGCCAACGGUUCUCUUCGCCUGAAUCUGCUUUUCAGUAUCGUGUGGUCGUCAGUAAGCGAUAUGCAGUAACGUCACCGCUUAAGAUUACGCUUUUGCAUCAUUGUUUAAUUUUAAUAUACCUAAGUAAUCAAUUCUUCGAAAAGGUUUCGCCCGGUCUUUCCGCAGCCGACGUGCAAUUGCGUUUAGUUAUCUUCCGUUUAUAGACGGCCCAGUUUCACGUCACUUCUCCUUGCAGUGUGUUUCCAGAUGAGUCGAUUCAGUAAUUACGAUGUGUAUAUUAGUAAACAAAUGAAUAAAUACACUUAAGUUAAGGAUGUAAAGUGAAUAUAAUGUAAAUGUAUACACACAUAUUUUUUAUAUUUUGUAACAAUAGAAUCAUUUAUGUAUUAAGUAUAAUGUAGAGAUUCCAUAGGAAUGCAUGCAAGUUACUUUGCUGGUUUUUGUCCUGUAUUUGGAAAUUAAAAGUGCAUUUCAUCAA